GGGAAGUGUGAUCCCAAUAUGGCGGCGGCCCACUGAGUGGCGAAGCGGCGGCAGCUGGGAACGGGAAAGGAAAAUGGCGGCGAAGGAGCGCGGCGGCGGCUCAGACAACAACGCCGAGCCGCCGGGGGCAGAGAGCGACACGGCAGCGGACGCCGUGCUGCCUGGGUUCAAAGACGCCGACUCCUUCGUGAAGGUAUAGGAGGUGAAAACUCGGGAAAAGGCAAAGUCGCUACGGGUGCCGCUUGGCUUGCGUGGAAGAGCAAAGCAUGGCGGGAUUUGUAGUCUCUUGGGUAACCCAGCAGCGUGGGGAAAGAUAUAGGAAAAUGCAUCUAAUUUUGGGUUGCCGCUGUUUCUGCGAGUCAUUGCAAAAUAUAUAAUAAGCCUUAUUUAUUUAGUCCUUUAUUCGCCAUAUUCUGCCAAAGCAGCUUACAGGUUUUUUUUUUAGUUAUUUAUUUCAUGAAAGUUAUGCACCGCUUCAUGGUAAAAAAGCAAAAGCAAAAACCCACCGUCAAAGCGGUUUAUAAAAGAAGUUUUUUUAUAGUAUUAAUCCUCCAACAUUCAGCUUUAUUGGAAGACCAUGAGUUCUAAUGCUGAAAGGGAGAGAGAAACUAUUCUAUUUAUCCCUGCUAUUCAUAAUUUUACAUGCUACUAUCAUGUUGCCUCUUACCUUUAAAGUAGAAAGCACAAACGCUACACCUUUCCCCGUAACGGGAGUCCCUGCGUUUUGGUUGUCCUUUUCUCAACCUUUUCCAACAAUAUCCUUUUUGAGUUGAGGCGACCGGAACUGUACACGGUAUUCCAACGUGCCCACACAAUGCCCCCCGUCCCCCCGGGGAAAUGAGGCUUGAAAAGAGCUUUUUAUUGUAGCUGGUAUUUAAGGGUCGUAGCUUAGUCGUCAAGCAUCUGCCUUGCUUUAGUGGUGAAAUAAAUAGAUAAAACUGUUCGGCAAUGACCACUGCACUGUCCUUUCCCCCACGGUCCAGCAUGCCCUUGGCACAGUGGUGUCAGCCACCAAGGCUUCUGGCGGCCUCCCUCAGCCCGGAGACGAAUACGAUUUCUACCGCAGUUUUCCUGGUUUCCAGACCUUCUGUGAAAUGCAAGGGGAUCGGUUGCUGCACUGGUGAGUCUUGCUGCUCUCUUGCAGGCUGGUUGUGAUGCCAAGAUUGACAUAUUUUUUUUGAAGCUGUGGCACUUUGCACAUUGCUUUUGCCCCGUGUCCCCAAGAUGUGAACCACCCUGAGAUCCAUGGGUGUAGGGCGCUAUACAAAUUCAAUUAAUAAUAAUAAUAAUGAACUCCCCAUCAGUCUUGUUUUGUCAGGAACUGGUUGGGUCUGGGAGAGGAGAUCCAGGAAAGCUCAGGGUUGGACCAGCAGGAGGAAGAUCCCAGGGGCUGCCAUUGUGGGUGAAGACCCUGAGCAAUGGUGACAUAGGCAGUGGGGGAGGGAGUUGUUCCCUCGCUGAAACCCUCCCCCAAGUGAGUGCUGCUUGUCCCUCCCAACAACCCCAUCAGCUCCCCCCCCCCCGGGGGGGAGGAGGUGGUUCCUGGGAAUGAGUAAGUUCCCACACAGUUGGAGACCGAAGGUGGGUUAGGAGACCAGCCAAGGGAGAGGCAGCUGCUGGAGACACCACCACUGUCUCUUAGGUCUAGCAGGAGCCAGAAAAGGCAGCAGCAGGGACAGAUCUUGCACCACAGCUUUCUCAAACUGCCAGAUGACCUAAGGUAAGGGAGGGAGGAGCCCCAGGUCACUUCAGCUUAGCAUUUCGGAGGCGAAAGGAAAUUGGCAUCAAGUAAAGCUGGAUAGGGACGUGGGUGGCGCUGUGGGUUAAACCACAGAGCCUAGGAUUUGCCGAUCAGAAGGUCGGCGGUUCGAAUCCCCGUGACAGGAUCAGCUCCCGUUGCUCGGUCCCUGCUCCUGCUAACCUUGCAGUUCGAAAGCAUGUCAAAGUGCAAGUAGAUAAAUAGGUACCGCUUCGGCGGGAAGGUAAACGCCGUUUCCGUGCGCUGCUCUGGUUCGCCAGAAGCGGCUUAGUCAUGCUGGCCACAUGACCCGGAAGCUGUACGCCGGCUCCCUCGGCCAAUAAAGCGAGAUGAGCGCCACAACCCCAGAGUCGGCCACGACUGGACCUAAUGAUCACGGGUCCCUUUACCUUUACCUAAAGCUGGAUAGGCAAUUAGUAUGACCUAUGGAGCCAAGAGGGGCUGAUGUACCAAAGUGCUUUUAUCAGUAGAGAUUGUAGGACUAAGAUUGCAGGUUCUGGUCACAGCUUGAUUUCGGGGAGCCAAGACACGCUGCUAAGGAUUGUGUGACACACUACAAUACCCUGUUUUUUUCUCUUCCCAGCAUGAGCAGAGUGAUGCAGUACCAUGGCUGCCGCAGCCACCUCCGGGACCGGAACAAGGUCACGGAACUGGAAGACAAGUUUGACCUGCUGGUCGAUGCCAAUGAUGCCAUCCUAGAAAGAGUGGUGAGCAUUGUUGGGCCUUGUGCAGUGCUUCUCACUCCUAACACCCCACCCCUGAACACCUAGGGGUUGCUGCUCCAUGAGAAUCCCAUGUUGGGUGUGAUAAUAAUAAUAAUAAUAAUAAUAGUACCCCGCCCAUCUGACUGGGUUGCCCCAGUCACUCUGGGCAGCUUUCAGCAAAUAUAAAGGCAUAAUAAGAUAUCAUACAUUAAAAAAUUCCCUGAGCGGGGCUGCUUUCAGAUGUCUUCUGAAAGUCAGAUAGUUGUUUAUUUCCUUGACAUCUGGUAGGAGGGUGUUCCACAGGGCAGGCAUGACUACCGAGAAGGCCCUCUGCCUGGUUCCCUGUAACUUCACUUCCUGGAGUGAGGGAACCACCAGAAGGCCUUCAGAAGAGGACCUCAGUGUCCGGACUGAAUGAUGGGGGUGGAGACACUCCUUCAGGUAUCCAGGGCCGAGGCAGUUUAGGGCUUUAAAGGUCAGCAACAAAACUUUGAAUUGUGCUCAGGAACAUGCUGGGAGCCAGUGUAGAUACUUUAGGACCAGUGUUAUAUGGUCCUGGUGGCUGAUCCCAGUCACCAGUCUUGUUGCUGCAUUCUGGAUUAGUUGGAGUUUCCAAGUCACCUUCAUUGGUAGCCCCAGGUCCUUCCCCCAAAAUUGCAUCCUCCACCUGCCACCCCUGGUCUCACACUGUGACCUGCAAUUUCAGGGCAUGCUAUUGGAUGAAGCAGCAGGUGUCAACAAGAACCAGCAGCCUAUCCUCCCCUCGGGCUUGCAGCCUCCUAAGACCAUUGUCUCCAGCUGGAACCGCAAGGUGAGAAGCGUCCAUUCUUCCUUUGUCCUUUAAGGGGUUCUUUCUCUUUAAGGCAGGGGUGGGGAAACCUGUGGCUGUCCAGACGGUGUCAGACUACCAUCAGCCCCCACCCCAACGGUCAGGGCUGAAGGGGGUUGUCUGAUUUUUCUCUUCCAGCAGACUGGGGAAGCCAACAAGCGAACGAAGUCAGAAACCUUCCGCCUGCUGCACGCCAAGAACAUUGUCCGCCCUCAGCUCAAGUUCCGUGAGAAGGUGGACAACUCCAACACCCCCUUCGUCCCAAAGCUCUUUGUCAAGCCCAACGCUCUGAAGCCACUGCCAGAAGGUAAGGGCAUGCCAUCUCCAAUGCAAGGCUGGGAGAGACUCCCUGCCUGAAACCUUGGAGAGCUGCUGUUGGUCAGUGUAGACCAGUGUUUCCCAACCUUGGGUCUCCAGCUGUUUUCGGACUACAGUUCCCAUCAUCCCUGACCACUGGUCUUUGCUAGCUAGAGAUGAUGGGAGUUGUAGUUAAAAAAAAAAAAGCUAGAUGCCCAUUGUUGGAAAACACUGGUGUAGACAACACUGAGGAAGGUGGACAAAAGGUCCCUAGCAGCUUGCUAUGUUCCUGUUCUCAGAGUGCAAAGGUUAUUAUUGCAGAGGGAAAGCAGCAGGCUGCCAAUUAAAAAAUAAAUAAAUGCUAGAAAGUAGAUCCAUCACCUCUAACCCUUUUUUUCUCUCCGGACAUCCAGUGCUCUCGAAAACCAGGCGGGAACGGAAGGAACGCCCGGAGGACUUGGAUGUGCCAGCUGCCUUGGCCGACUUCCUCUAUCAGCAGAGGACCCAACAGACUGAGCAGGACAUGUAAGAGAGCGAUUGGUCAAGCAGGUCGGGGCCUUUCAGUUCCCCCGAGUUUGACAGGUGGCCGGGGGCGGGGGAAGGCACCCACUUGUCAAAAUGCCUGGCGGCACGACCAGCACAAAGCUUCGCAGGACCCAGGGAUCAGCUUGAUUGUCGAGGCUCGCACACCCUGUAUUGGCCCAACCAUGUCCUUCGUUGGCUACUAGCCAAGAAGGUUACAUUCUCCCGCCUCUGUCCAAAGCAAUAUGCCUUUGAAUGCCAGUUAUUGGGAAUCGCAGGUAAGGAGAGAACUGCUGUUGCGCUUAAGUCCUGCUCUUAAGCUUUGGGGCAUCUGUCUGGCCACUGCGAGAACAGGAGGCUGGACUAGACAGGUCCCCUUUGCCCUGAUCCAGUUUCGGGGCUCUUCCUGAGUUCUUACGUACCUGCCCCCACACCUGUGAUGCCAUGUUUGACGUCAGGUAUACAGCAGGUGUGUGUGGUUUGUCCCUAAAUGGCCUGGCAGGCCUAAAUAUCUCCCUAGGCAAUUGAUUCUGCAUCUGGAGCUUGCUCAGAGCUCUCUAACUUUCCCUUCUCCUUCCUCUCAUCAUAAAAGGUUUGCUCACCCUUACCAGUACGAAUUGGCACAUUUUUCACCACCAGCCGAACUUCUUGAAAAGCCACAAGUUCAGGUAAGCUUUCUUUCUUUCUUUCUUUCUUUCUUUCUUUCUUUCUUUCUUUCUUUCUUUCUCAAAUAAUGCUUCUUUCUCAAAUAAUGUUUCAUUGAGUAGAUCACGCACAAAAGUUAAAGCCUUCUGGCUUCGUGCCUGCCGAGCUGUAAUGCCUUGCUACACCUUGUGUAGUGGUUAAGAGCAGUAGACUCGUAAUCUGGUGAACCGGGUUCGUGUCUCCACUCUUCCACAUGCAGCUGCUGGGUGACCUUGGGCUAGUCACACUUCUGUGAAGUCUCUCAGCCCCAAUCAUCUCACAGAGUAUUUGUUGUGGGAGAGGAAGGGAAAGGAGAAUGUUAACGGCGUAGUGAUAAAGCAGGAUAUCAAAUACAAACUCUUCUCCCCUCCCAGAUGUUCAGGCCCCUGGAGGAGACACCCUGCCACUUCAUCUCCACCUUGGACGAGCUGGUGGAGUUGAACGAGAAGCUGGUGGGCUGCAAAGAGUUCGCCCUGGACUUGGAGGUAAGAAUUUGUCCUGGUUUUUUAGUUUUGUGUCCUGCAGCAAAACUUUUGCAAUGGGCCGAGAAGAUCCAGGUGUGAAGUGCUCAUAGCUUGGAUUCAGCUUGGAUCUUCUGUUAACUCCACAAUCUUUCAAAUCAUUAAUUUAAUUCACACUUCUGACAGAGUGCAACUGUGGUCCUAUACGGGCCUAGAAAGCUGCUUCUUAUACAAAACCAGAUGAUUGGGUCCAUCUAGCUUGGUAUUUUCUAAAAUGACUGGCAGCUGCCAUCCUGGCUUUCAGACAAGGAGUCUCUCCCAGCCCUACUUGGAGAUGCUGCCGGGUAAUUUAUUUAUUUCAUUAAAAAAAUUACACCACUGGAUUGUAAAAAAACAAAAACAAACAGUUUACAAAGUCAAUAAAGCAAUGACAUAAUCAGCAAAAGCAGUAAAAAUAACUAUUAAACAUUCAAAAAAUUAAAACCAGCUGUAAACUAAAAAACUGAUUAAAACAUACAUCAACAUUCUGCAUGCCUGGGUAAAGGUAAAGGGACCCCUGACCAUUAGGUCCAGUCGUGACCAACUCUGGGGUUGCGGCGCUCAUCUUGCUUUAUUGGCUGAGGGAGCUGGCAUACAGCUUCUGGGUCAUGUGGCCAGCAUGACUAAGCCACUUCUGGCGAACCAGAGCAGCGCAUGGAAACGCCGUUUACCUUCCCGUCGGAUCGGUACCUCACGGUACCGCUCACCCCGUUGCAGGGAUUCGAACAACUGACCUUCUGAUCGGCAAGCCCUAGGCUCUGUGGUUUAACCCACAGCACCACCCGCGUCCCCAUUUGUAUAAGGUGCGCCACCCGCAUCCCUACAUGCCUGGGUAAGGCUUGUCUAAACAAAAAAUGUUUUUAGCAGGCUCUGAAAAUAGUUCCUCCAGUUACCCACCCAGGGAAGGCGAGCUGUUGUGUUUGCUGUGAAUUGAUGGACCCCUUUCCUUUCUUACUCUCCCUCUCUCAUGCUGCCCUCCACAGCACCAUUCCUACCGGAGUUUCCUGGGCUUGACAUGCCUUAUGCAGAUUUCCACCCGGACAGAAGAUUUCAUCAUCGACACGUUGGAGCUGCGUAGUGACUUGUACAUCUUGAACGAGACCUUCACAGACCCUGCAGUGGUCAAGGUGAAAGGCCUUUUUUUUCUUAUUACAAAUGGCAGAAGGUUCAAGUUUGGGUUUGCCCUUCACCCUGCUCUUCCAGUCAAGCUUAAAACAACAAGCUGAUGCAAAUAAAAUCUAGCAGGGUUGUCCAGGUGCUUCUUCUAAGGACAGAUGCCUCAAGCUGAGGAACUGAGCCUGGAGGAGCAGCCGGGCUCCUCUUGGUUCCUCAAGUCACCUGGCCAGGCUGGACCGAUGAGUUGCAGUGCCCUUUUUGGCCAUUUGCAUUAACGGCUCUGUAGAGCAGCAGACACCAAGCCAGUAAGCAUAAGGAUGGGCAGGCUGUGGCCCUCCAGAUGUUCUGGGGCUCCCAGCUCCUAUCUGGCAUCUUCUCUUGUGUCCAGGGACAACAGUAAUUGUAGAAACAUUGGGGGGGAGGGGACCCAUUUGCACUAACGGCUCUGUAGAGCAGCAGACACUAAGCCCGUAAGCCUAAGGAUGGGCAGGCUGUGGCCCUCCAGAUGUUCUGGGGCUCCCAACUCCUAUCUGGCAUCUUCUCUUGUGUCCAGGGAUAACAGUAAUUGUAGAAACACGGGGGGGGGGAGACCCUUGCAAAAAGCUGCGAACUGCCCCAGGGGUGCAGAAAUUCAAGUGCUUAGACCAGAGUUUCCUAAACUUGGGUCUCCCAAUUGUUUUUUGACUACAGUCUCCAUCAUCCCUGACUACUGGUCCUGCUAGCUAGUGAUGGUGGGAGGUCCCCCCCCCCCCAGUUGUUAUUUAUACUUUUCAAGUUCAUACGUUUCAUUAGUUUUACAAUCAAUUUAACAUUUCAGAGUUUGACUUCCUUCCCCCUCUUUCUGCGGUUCCUUACAUUUAUUCUUUCAUAUCUUCUGCAUAUCUAAAUUAACUUAAUUUGCUCAUUUAUUCAUUUUCUUUACAUAUAUACUCUUAUAAAACUGCAGGUUAUUACAAUAAUCCUGCCAAUGUUUUUAUCUGUUUGCAAUUUGUCUGUAAGUAUUCGAUAAACCAUUUCCAUUCUUUUUAUAAAAAGAUUGUUAUCUUGAUUUCUUAUUCUUCCGGUAAGUUUCGCCAUAUCUGCAUAUUCCAUAAGCCUUUGUAUCCAUUCUUCCUUUGCUGGUACUUCUGCUUCUUUCCACUUUUGAGUGAGUAGCGUUCUUGCUGCUGUAAAUAAAUAAAUUUCUAUACGGUUUAGUUAGUUCUGUCCCUAUAAUUCCCAAAAGAAAAGCUUCUUGUUUUGUUUUGUUUUUUUACAAAAGUUAUUUUGAACAUCCUUUUCAAUUCAUUAUAUAUCAUUUCCCAGUAAGCUUAAACCAGGCAUAGGCAAACUCGGCCCUCCAGAUAUUUUGGGACUACAACUCCUAUCAUCCCUAGCUAACAGGACCAGUGAUCAGGGAUGAUGGGAGUUGUAGUUCCAAAACGUCUGGAGGGCCAAGUUUGCCUAUACCUGGCUUAACCUUACUACAAGACCACCAGGGAUGAUGAGCGUUGUAGUCCAAAAACAGCCGAAGACCCAAGUUUCGGAAACCCUGGCCUAGGCAGUGCCAACCUGGAAUGACCAGAAGGAUACAUAUAUGGGUGGGUGGGAAGACAGGGAACCUUCUUGACAUUUCCCCCGCUAUUUAUGGCUCUGGUGCUUCGCAGGUCCUGCACGGGGCUGACUCAGACGUGGAGUGGCUCCAGCGAGACUUCGGCCUCUAUUUGGUGAACGUCUUCGACACCCACCAGGCGGCUCGGCUCCUCAAUCUCGGCCGGCACUCCCUGGACCACUUGCUCAAGCUCUACUGCAAGGUGGAUGCCAACAAACAGUACCAGCUGGCGGACUGGAGGAUACGGUAUGGAGGGGUGUGGGUAGAUUUGGGAUGUUCCAAUCCCAUCUUGAGGUUAUACCAAUGUGAGUCUGUGCAACAAGCUUCCAUCCACCCUGGUCUCCCAGAACCAGAAGAGGCAUGAAGCGGGAGGGGCAACGAUAGGCAAGCAGGCGCAGUCUUUGAUUGCUUGGGGAAAACCCUAGAGAGGAGAAGACAUAGAUGGCUGUAGGGAGGUGGGGACCUCUAGUCUUGGCAAGUGAUCCAUGAGGGAAGACCUGCAGGGGAUGAGCUGCUGUCCUCAUUAGGCCCGAUCAUCCACCAAGUUUGUGCAGAUCCUGUUCUUUUAUUAUUAUUUUAUUUAUACUUUUGAAAUUCGUACAUUUCAUUAGUUUUACAAUCAAUUUAACAUUUCAAAAUUUGACUUCCAUCCCCCUCUUUCUGUGGUUCCUUACAUUUAUUUUUUAAUAGCUUCUGCAUAUCCAAGUUCAUUUAACAUCCUCAUUUUAUUAUCUACUGUCUACUCUUUUAAAACUGCAGAUUAUUACUCUAAUCCUGCUAAUGUUUUUAUCUGUUUACAAUAUAUCUGUAAAUAUUCAAUAAACCAUUUCCAUUCUUUUAUAAAAAAGUUUGUUAUCUCAAUUUCUUAUUCUUCCAGUAAGCUUUUCUGCGCAUUCCAUAAGCUUUUGUAUCCAUUUCUCCUUUGCUGGGACUUCUGCUUCUUUCCACUUUGGGGCAAGUAGCAUUCUUGCUGCUGUAGUAGCAUACAUAAAUAAAUUUCUAUACAAUUUAGCUAGUUCUGUCCCUAUAAUUCCUAAAUGAAAAGCUUCUGAGUUUUUUUAAAAAAAUAAAAGUUACUUUGAACAUCCUUUUCAAUUCGUUAAAAAUCAUUUCCCAAGGAAAUGAAAUGUGCGGGUCCCAUUCUUGCUAAUAAAGAGUUAACUCCGCUUUGUGUGAUUUACUGCUGGCUCCCUCCUGACCACCACACCCGAGAUUCCCCGUAAUCCAUGUUUCUUUGUCUCUCCUCUAGACCCCUCCCAGAAGAGAUGCUCAAUUACGCCCGUGACGACACGCAUUACUUGCUGUACAUCUACGACCGGGUCAGGGAGGAGCUUUGGGAGAAGGCCAACGGGCAGCCUACUCAGCUCCAAGUGGUGUGGCAGCGGAGCAAGGACAUCUGCUUGAAGGUGAGCUCCCUGUGUUGGGCAGAGGCAUGCAAGGGAAGGAGGAGCGCGCACACACACACACACCCUCCAUCCCCAGAUAGGAAAAUGCAGCACACUAGACAAGAGUUUCAAAAAGCAUGGGGGAAAUGCAGAGAAUACCGUAUUUUUCGCCCUAUAGGACACACUUUUCCCCCUCCAAAAAUGAAGGGGAAAUGUGUGUGCGUCAUAUGGGGCGAAUGCAGGCUUUCGCUGAAGGAAACUCUCCGCAAGCCUUGGGAGCCCGGCGCGACUUCCCACCAGGCUUCCUAGGCUUGUGGAUAGCAGCCUGCAUCCCGAAGCCUGGGGUGCGCUGAGCAGCGUGCCCCAGGCUUCGGGCAGAUUCCCGCCGGGCUCCCAAGGCUUGCGGAUAUCAGCCUGUUCUGGGGGCUGGGGUCAGGGGAAGCUCGGGCUUCCCCCGCCCCAGCCCCGCGCCUGGGGGGGGGGAUAAACAUUUUUUUCUUUAUUUCCCCCUCUCCAAAACUAGGUGUGCCCUAUGGGCCAGUGCGCCCUAUGGGGCGAAAAAUAUGGUACUUCACAAAACAGUGCCCUAAAAUACAUACCUGGACUUGUUUUGAUUAUUGUCUGCAGGAGACUUUGUGGAUAUUUAAGUUAUAAUUAGAAAAAUCUUAAUAAUUAUUCGUAAAGGAAACCAUUUAUAAGAAGUAAAUAAGGAGGACAGAUACAGGAUAAAGGAAGUCUUUAAUUUGGUUGUUUGUAUUGUUGUAUGUUAUGCUCAUUGUAAUGUUCACGUUUAAUGAGGGUGGAUUUGUGUAUUGGGGGGUGGGGGGUUUAUGUUAUGUUGUAAAUAAAAUUCCAAUAAAAAAAGGAAAGAAAAAAGAAAAUGCAGCAUGGAAGGCUUUGAGCGGGUGCUGGGAACUAGAGUUUAGCACAGGGGCAGCCAACCUGUUGCCCUCCCAGGCAUCGCUGGACUCCCACCUGCGCCAGGCAGCUGGGGGUCAGGGAUUACCCCUGCCAGCAGCAGCACACAAAUCCUUACAGGUCGCUCAUGCCGCUUCCACCUGCCUCUUCUCCCUUAGAAAUACGUCAAGCCCAUCUUCACCGAAGACUCGUACCUGGAGCUCUACCGGAAGCAGAAGAAGCACCUCAACAGCCAGCAGCUGGCGGCCUUCCGGCUCCUCUUUGCCUGGAGGGACAAGAUGGGGCGGCAGGAAGAUGAGAGCACGGGGUGAGCUCUUUUACAGGGGACUGCCGGAGCGGGCUAUAGGAUCCAGUGUGGUGUAGUGGUUAGAGUGUCUGACUAGGACCUGGGAGAGACGCGCGUUCUGGUCCCCACUUGGUCCUGGAGCUCUCACUGACCCAGUCACUUCCUUGCUCAAUCCAGCCUAUCUCGCAGGGCUAUCGUUGGUAUUAAAUGAGUGGCGAGCCGUCCACUUGGCCUCCUUGGGGGAGAAAUGUGGGGUAUAAAUGCUAUAAAUAAAAGGGGAGCUUUUAGAAUCGGGAGGCAACGGAGCCCUUGCUCGGCAAAGGAAUCCUUUCAAAGCUGCCUGUACCACUGAGCCUCUUGAGCUUGCUGAUCGUAAGGUUGGCAAUUCGAAUCCGUGCAACACUGGUGAGCUCCUGUUGCUCUGUCCCAGCUCCUGCCAACCUAGUAGUUCGAAAGCAGGGCAGUGCAAGUAGAUAAAUAGGGACUGCUGUGGCAGGAAGGCAAAUGGCGUUUCCAUGUGCUCUGGUUUCCAUCGCGGUGUCCCGUUGCACCAGAAGUGGUUUAGUCCUGCUGGCCACAUGACCCAGAAAGCUGUUUGUGGACAAACACCGGCUCCCUCGGCCUGAAAGCGAGAUGAGCGCUGUCCAGGGGUCCUUUACCUUUUACCUUUACCAGCAGUGGAAAACUGGAUCUGGCCAGGGGGGCAGAUCAUUAUUUCACCCACCCACCCACCCACCUCUUCCUCCACAGGCCACGCUUGACAGGUGGGCAGAGUCAUAGUAGGAAUUGAGGUUUCUAUCUGUCCCCUACAGGCUUGUUUCCCUUCCUCUUCCUCUCUAAAAGGGGAAGGAGAAAGAGAGUUAAAGCUAGUAGUAUAUUUGGCAGGUCUCUUUACAAGAGUGAUCUCAACGUGUAGUGCAAGUAGUGGCAUUUAACACUUAGUUAGUCAUUGAUUCAUUGGAGGUUUUCCAACAGAGUUUGGAUGGCCAUCUGCCUGUGAUUCUCUAGUUGUGAUGCUAGCAUUGCGGGGGGUUGGACUCGAUGACCUUUGGGGGACCCUUUCCAAAUCUACGAUUCUACCAUUCAUUUCUCCCCUUGUCCUGCAGGUAUGUGCUGCCGAACCAUAUGCUGCUCAAGAUAGCGGAGGAGCUGCCCAAGUGAGUAUGCCUUUUGCUUUGCAAGUGGAACAACAGGUGUUUAUUUGCAGCAGCAGCAAUGAAAAAACACGCAUGUGCUGCCAACACUUGAGAAAAAAUGUACAUCAUGGCCACAAACAGAAUAAACUCCCCAAAGCCAAAUGACAUCCCCAUUAAACAAAUGCACGGAACACAUCACUAAUCAGUAGAUCCAAUUAAUAGUAUUUGAAACAUUAGCUGAGUCACCUCUUUGGGGAAAGCAUGGGGUGAACAGGUGAAUUUUGAAACUGGGUGCCCAAAUACAGUGGUGCCUCGCAAGACGAAAUUAAUCCGUUCCGCGAGUGUCUUCGUCUAGCGGUUUUUUCGUCUUGCGAAGCAACCCUAUUAGCGGCUUAACGGAUUAGCGCUAUUAGCGGUUUAGCGGCUAUUAAAGGCUUAAAGGCUUAGCAGAUUAGCAGCUAAAAGGCUAUUAAAGGCUUAGCAGCUUAGAUAAAGGGGGGGGGAAAGUGAAAAAAAAAAUCUCAAGACUCGCAAGACAUUUUCGUCUUGCGAAGCAAGCCCAUAGGGGAAUUCGUCCUACGAAGCAACUCCAAAACGGAAAACCCUUUCGUCUAGCGGUUUUUCCGUCUUGCGAGGCAUUCGUCUUGCGGGGCACCACUGUAGUAAUUUUCCUUUCCCCCAAAGUGGCAGGUUUUCCAUGAGAAAAUUUGAUCAGAAGCUAGGAAGAAAAAAUGCUCCUCCUAUCGGAAUUCUUUCUGCUUUCCUUCUUCAUCCUCUCCCAACCUUUACAUCUCUAUUGGGGAAAGGCAUUGCAGACACCCCUGCGGCUUUUCUUCCUUCUUCUCCUGUGAUUGGUCUGUGGCUCCAUCAUUCUUCUGUGCCCAACCACAUUCCUUUAAGGACCAGCUCUGGGACAGGAAGCGGCUAAGAUCAUCCUGGUCCUAUAGCAUCUCAGGGUCAACACCCUGUUGUUGUUGUUGCUGCUGCUGCUGUAGUUGUUACAUUGCAGGGGUUGGACUUGAUGAACCAUUUUGUCCCUUCCAGCUGCACAACGCUAUGAUUUUCAUCAGCUAGCAUUUUAUCUUGUUUAAAAUGUCCUUCUCCUUUUGUUGAUUUGCAGGGAGCCCCAGGGCAUCAUCGCCUGCUGCAACCCAGUUCCUCCCCUUGUUCGCCAGCAGAUCAACGAAAUGCACCUCUUCAUCCAGCAGGCCAGAGAGAUGCCUCUGUUGAAGGUAUGGGGGUGCAGUUUUAAGUACAGGGCAGCUGUGUUUCAAAGCAACUGAACAGGUUAAUCCCAGGCAUCUCUAUGGAGUUGGAAGAAGAAGAAGAAGAAGAGGAAGAAUUCUAUUAUUUAUACCCCACCCAUCUGGCUAGGUUUCUCCAGCCAUUCUGGGCAACUUACAGCACAUAAAAAAUUGUAAAACAUUAAAAAAUUCCCAAUACAGGGUUGCUUUCAGAUGUAUUCUAAAAGUCAGAUAGUUGUUUAUUUCCUUGACAACUGAUGGGAGGGCGUUCCACAGGGCUGGUGCCACCACCAAGAAGCCCCUCUGUCUGGUUCCCUGUAACCUCACAUCUCUCAGUGAGGGAACUGCCAGAAGGCCCUCAGAGCUGGACCUCAGUGUCCGGGCUAAACAAUGGGGGUGGAGACACUCCUUCAGGAGAGACUCCUGUCUCUGAAUUCUUAGAGAGCUGCUGCCCGUCAGUAUAGACAAUACUGAGGUAGGUGGGCCAACAGUCUGACUUGAUAGAAGGAAGCUUCCUCUGUUCCUAGGAUCAUACUAACUCUCUUCCCUAAAAUCACCCUGCUCUUAUGCCAAGUUAGCACCAGUUAUGCAAUAAGAUUAAAAUUAUGCACUGUUUGUCAGCCUUCUAGCAUAUGUUUUCUUGAGCAGUUAGAAUUUUUUUUAAAAUAAUUUUUAUUAACCGGCCAAUCAAAUCAAAUCACAUCACAUAAAUUCCGAAUUACAAAGCCGAAUUUUAAAUUUUGUUGAGGGGACCCAUAUUUCAAGAUCCGAAGGGGGAUUCUGAUCAUCUUCUUGCUACUGCGUUAAUGUCCAAAUCAGUCCAAACAAAGUUCAUAAUUCUAUCCAGUCUUAUCUUGCUGUUUCCACAUCACAUCUUGUUCAUAUAUUUUCUCUUUAUGAUCUCUUCUGAUAGUCUCCUUAAGCCGAUAAACACCAAUAAUAAUCCUGUGUGAAUUAGCAGUUAGAAUUUUUAUGGGCAUUCCUUGACUGCUGAUAUCAUUGCUGUUCAGCCUGUGACUGGGAAGUAGACUUGGAGGUGUCAGGGUGGAGCAUUUGUGUGUGUGUGCAAGAGAUCUUUAAUGUGAUCUUAAUUUUAUCCUUAUAAUUAUUUCUCCUUGCCCCCUCUUAGUCUGAAAUUGCAGUUGGAGUGAAAAAGAGAGGACCUCUUCGAAACACAGAGGUAAGCUUUUUUCUGAUGCCAAUCUUGCAUUUGUUUUACUUUUUCAUGUACCGAAUUUACAUACCACUUGACUGGAGUGAGACAUCUAAGCGGCUUAUAGGGAAAUAUUAAUAUUAUCAAUAGAAAAACAGCUUGAAAUAAUUUAACCUGAAGUGUAAGAGAUUGAGACACAUUGAUGUGUGUCUAUUUGGACAGGCUUGCCUAAACAAAAAUGUUUUAAGCGGGGGACUAAAAAGAGUGCAGCGACAGCUCCUGCCUGGUGUCAAUAGGCAGGGAGUUCCAAAGUUCAGAUUCAGCCACACUAAAAGGUCAGUUAAUAAUAAUAAUAAUAAUAAUUUAUUAUUUAUACCCCGCCCAUCUGGCCACUCUGGGCAGCUUCCAACAGAAUAUUAAAAUACAAUAACCUAUUAAACAUUAAAAGCUUCCCUAAACAGGGCUGCCUUCAGAUGUCUUCUAAAAGUCUGGUAUUUGUUUUCUCUUUGACAUCUGGUGGGAGGGCGUUCCACAGGGCAGGUGCCACUACCAAGAAGGCCCUCUGCCUGGUUCCCUGUAACUUGGCUUCUCACAGUAACUGCCAGAAGGCCCUGAGAGCUGGACCUCAGUGUCUGGGUAGAAUGAUAGGGGUGGAGACGCUCCUUCAGGUAUACUGGACCAAGACCAUUUAGGGCUUUAAAGGUCAGCACCAACACUUAGUUUCUUCCAACUAAGGAACAAGUAUUAUGUGACGUCCGCAGAUCAAUGCAGCUAGGUGGGCACACUGGGGGUACGGCGAUCCUGCAAGUACUGCUUGCAAGAGGUUAAAGGCUUUACCUGCCAACAGUAAGUAGAUAAAUAAAAAGUUUAAGGGUUCUGCGUGUUGUAGCUUUGCAUGCCGAAGGUCAUAGGUUCAAUCUCCAGCUGGGUGUGAGAGUUUCUGCCAGUCAGGGUAGGUAAACCUGAGGGAGAGGGGCCAAUGGUUUGACCUGAUAUCAAGCAGUUCCCUAUGUGACCAGCCCUUCCUUCAGAAUCACGAGGGCUAGGAUAUCUUUAAUUUCCUUUGGCAGAAGCCGGAGAAUCAUUUGUUUGGACCUCACGACAGCUCGCACGUGCCUCAGGACGAGAAGCCAAACCACGUGGAUCCAGGUGGGUCUGGAAAGAGGGGUGAAGAGGGGCCCCCACCCCCCACCCCUGGGUUUUAUUUUUCCCCCAAAAUUUUUUUUAUUGGUUUUCACAAUAUUAUAAACAAACAAACAACCAUAAAUCAUAGCCUUAUUGAAAAUUACACUUAUUAACUUUGUUAAGUGACUUCCUCGCUUCCCCUUGGUUAACUUUCAUUGCAUAUCCUUUUAACGGUUUUCCAAAUCACAAUUCUUACAAAAUUUAACUUAAACAUUAACAUCCUUAAAUCUUCACAUUAUAAAAUUAAACAUAUUAAUUCAUCACUUAACAUAAAUAAAAUCCUAAGUCAAUUAAGUACCUGCAAGCUGUUUUCAGUUAAUUUAACUUAACAUAUUUAACUAAAUAAUCAUUAAAUUUAAUCCACUCUUCCUGAUACUCCUCCUCCUUCUGGUCGCGGACUCUUCUGGUUAGGUCAGCUAGCUCUGAAAAAUCCAUCAUCUUCAUCUGCCAUUCUUCUAUCAUUAGUAAUUCUUGGGUUUUCCACUUUUUAGCUAACAAGAUACGAGCAGCAGUUGUGGGUUAGAACCCCUGGGCUCUAAACGCACAAACCCCUGUAACUGGUUCACUUUGUUGGCAGGCUCCCACGAUUCUGUGGGGGAAGCCAUGACAGUUUAAAGCGGUCUGGCACAGCCUUAAAUGUAUAGUGCAGAUGGGCCCUAUAUAACUGUGUGGGUCUACGAGUCUGUCAACCUAAGUUGCCUCAGGGGGAGUGUUAAAAAGUAAGGAAAGGAGAACCAUGCGCCCAUCGCGAAAUCCGUUUGAGGAUUAAAAUGUAAUAAGUAAAUGGUAGUCUUUGUUUAAAAAAGGUUUAUUUAUACUUUUCAAGUUUAUACAUUUCAUUAGUUUUACAAUCAAUUUAACAUUUCAAAGUUUGACUUCCUUCCUCCUCUUUCUGCGGUUUCUUACAUUUAAAAAAAAAAUCUUCUGCCUAUACAAACUAACUUAAUUUACUCAUUUAUUCAUUUUCUUUAAAUAUAUACUCUUAUGAAACUGCAGGUUAUUACAGUAAUCCUGCCAAUGUUUUUGUCUGUUUGCAAUUUAACUGUAAGUAUUCAAUGAACCGUUUCCAUUCUUUUUAUAAAAAGUUUGUUAUCUUGAUUUCUUACUCUCCCGGAUAAGUUUCGCCAUUUCUGCACAUUCCAUAAGUUUUUCUAUCCAUUCUUCCUUUGCUGGGACUUCUGCUUCUUUCCACUUUGGGGCAAGUAGCACUCUUGCUGCUGCUGCUGUAGUAGCAUGCAUAAAUAAAUUUCUAUGCAAUUUAAAGUAAAUGGUAGUCUUAAUUCCUUGUGUUUUUGUUUCCUUCCCCCUCCUCUUGUCAUUCAGCACCUGGGCUGAGCCGGGAGCAGGUGCGCCUCUUUUCAGAAGCAGAGGAGGAGACGGAAAGGUCGGACGAGUCGCCAAGUCUGUCCUGCCUUCUGCUGAGAGCCAGCAUUGACAUCUUUAAUGUAGGUUAGGUUUCUGAGAACAGGACAGGGGACCAAAUGAGCUAGAACAGGGGUAGGGAACAGUAUUCAGCUGUUGGCCCACAAUCCUGGUCUUUCCCCCAGCCACUUGGGAGCCAGGGGCACAAUCCCUGUCUCUUCCCUCCCCUGCCCCACUGAAUGGGGCAUGAUCCUUGUCUCUGCCCGUGUUUGACACCUAGCUUGGGUUGCCCACCUAUCAGUCGCCUGACCUCACAACAGAUUAAAAAGCAAGUACAGUUGUACCUUGGCUGUCAAACGGAAUCCGUUCUGGAAGUCCGUUCCACUUCCAAAACAUUCGGAAGCCAAGGCGCGGCAGGAGCUUCCUGCACGCAAUCAGAAGCUGCGUCGGACGUUCGGCUUCCAAAGAACGUCCACAAACUGGAACACUUACUUCCGGGUGCGCGGCGUUCGGGAGUCAAAACGUUCGAGUCGCAAGGCAAGGCGUUCAGGAUCCAAGGUACGACUGCACUAAAAUCUCUAGGUUACAGUGGAACCUUGGUUCUCAAACGGCUUAGUUGACAAAUCGGCUCCCAAACGCCGAAAACCCAGAAGUAAGUGUUCCGUUUUCCAAACGUUUUUCGGAAGCUGAACAUCGGACUUGACUUUCACUUGAGUGCAGGAAGCUCCUGCAGCCAAUCGGAAGCUGCGCCUUGGUUUUUGAACAGUUUCAGGAGUCGAACAGACUUCCGGAACGGAUUAAGUUUGAGAACCAAGGUUCCACUGUAUUUAUUAAUUAAAGCAACAGUGGAUCAAAAUGCUAUAAACAACCAGCCAAACCAGAAGUACAAUUCAGCAUCUGUUUGCUUCUAUGUACUGUUCUUUUAAAGCAAACGGGAGGGCGGGAAACCUUGAUAUUUAAAAUACAAUCUUAACGCAUUCAGGAGAUUUCCAGGCAGGCCUCUCCAAUUCUGUACUUAGUCCCACUAAUCUAUAUUUCUGCCUUCCCAAAGGAGACAGAAGCAAGUGAGGAAGAGGACGAGAGUUUGACAGUCACCCAACGGAAAGCCCGCCAGAUCAUGGAAUCCUUUGAAAACCCAUUCCGAAUGGUAAAAAGUCCUUGUUUUCCUACCCAGUGGUUUGGCUCGUAUGUAACACUUACAACCAUGGUUUGCUUAACAACUGUGAGCUAACUGCAGAUGAUCAAGCAAACCACAACUCAUUUAUUACAAAGUCUGUUCUGUCUUCCAGCUUCUUGUUCCUCGUGCCUUUGUAUUUUGGGGUGCGGUGGCCAAACAAACCGUGCUUGAUAAAGGGUACUGGGCUCACACAUAAUGCCAAGAUAUAAUUAAGCCAAGCCAAGCUUGGUAAAGACAGCAACAAACCAUGGCUUCAGAUCAUGGUUUACUAACAUUCGAACAAGCCAUUGGGCAGGGUUUGCACCACGCCAAACCCUGGGUUAGUAAACCAUAGCUUAGCAUUAUGUGUGAACCUAGCCAGUGUUAAUAAGCAAAUGACAACUCCCAUCAUCUCUAACUUAGUGGCUGUGCAUAUUUUAAUCAUAACAUUUUCCUGCCAUCCUGUUGUAGGGAGAAGGAAAACAUUUCCAAGUUGUAAGAAUUUUUUUUAAAAAAAGCAAACCCAGAGAUUUUUCAUGUUGCCCUUCUUUCUCUCUUUUUGUCUUGGCAACGUGUUUAUAUAUGUAAACAGAUAUAUUGCUUGUUAAUGCAGCAUCUGAAUUGGACAAACUCCACAGCUGGAAAGCUGUUGCUUCUAGGGGGCUUUGUGAGGCUCCCCACUCCUUGGGAGUUGCAGAAUUCAUACUGCAAGAUAGAUUCCUGCAGCACGAAUCCUUUUGGGGGAGUGAAGUGGUCCCUUGGAAUUCUGAUUUCUUUUAAUUAACAAGCGGUGCACCCCACUUUUAAUCCAGAAUUGGUUCCCCCAAACAGCUUACAGUUGCAAGUGGGCCCUGGUUAGUCAAGCUCAGAAGUGGGGAAUCUGGCCAGGGCAGCAGGCAGGUUGUGGCCCUCCAGACCUCUCUGUGUGGCCCUCUGGCCCCUCCCCAAGCCACACCCCUUCACUGUUCCUGCUCCAAACACUCCUUGAAUUCUUUUGCCUGGCUGGAAUAUGUCUUUGAACUCUUGAGUAUGUCUUUGAAUUCUUGCUUGUCUGGACAGAGAAUAAAGAGGGCUGUAUGUGUGAGAGAGGCUGGCAGAGAGAGACAGAGAAGAAACUAGUUAGGCGAAGGCAAAAUUAACAUUAAUUGCUCUGCUUGCUUUUGCCACGUGGCCCCUGGAAGGUUACUCGGAAGGGAAAUGUGAUCCUCGGGCUGCAGAGGGUUCCCCAGCCCUAAUCUAGAUAUUAGGGGAUAUCUAUAUACCUAUGGGACCACCUCUCCUGGUAUGCCCCACGGAGGACCUUAAGGUCCAUAAAUAGCAACACCCUAGAGGUCCCGGGCCCUAAGAAAGUUAGAUUAGCCUCAACCAGAGCCAGGGCCUUCUCAACACUGGCUCUGGCCUGGUGGAACGCUCUGUCUCAUGAGACCAGGGCCCAGGGGGAUCUGAUUUCUUUCCACAGGGCCUGUAAGACAGAGUUGUUCCACCUGGCCUUUGGCUUAGAAUCAGUUUGAUUCCCUCCCCCUCUUUCUUUUUCCUUUCUCCUCCUGUGAAGAGGCUGCAUCCUAAUGUUUUAAUGUAUUUUAAUCUUGUUUUUUAAAUUGUAUUUUAAUCAACUUGUUUUUAUUAUUGGUUGUUAGCUGCCCUGAGCCCGGUCUUGGCUGGGGAGGGUGGGGUAUAAAUAAAUUUUUAUUAUUAUUAUUAUUCCCAUGGUCGUAUUUUUCCUUCCCUCCAGUAUUUGCCAGCGGACCAGAACCCCGCUCAUAUCUCCCAGUUGGCAAAGUUUGACCCGUCAUCGAAAAUCUACGAGGUAAGAACGGUUAUUUCACAAAACUGCCCCCUGCUCUGGUUAUAAGCCGGAGUUGUCCACACUGGCUGCCAUUGGCCUUUGGGCUGUGGUUCCCUCCAAUUCUGCCGCCUGAUCCUGUUAACUGGAGAACAACAGGAGCGUGGGUGGCAAUCUGCCUCACACCACGUCUGACCAUUGUUUCAUCUAGCUCAGGGCUGUCAACACUGACAGGCAGCGGGUCCCCAGGGUUUGAAAUGGGUCCGUCUCCCUACCGUACCUGGAUCUGCCAGGGAUCAAACCUGAGACCCUCUGUACACAAUGCAGGUUCCUCAACCACUGUGCUACUGCCCGCGCCCUCCCUGGAGAUUGGGCUGGCUGGGCCACAUGCACCAGAACACGGUGUAACAUUGGCAGAGUUGCAAUUUUUGUGUGUGUGUGUGUUUCCUCCUCCCAGAUCAGUAAUCGGUGGAAGCUCCUAAGCCAGGCCCAGCUUCAAGCAGGGACAAAGAAAGAAUCUGCUAAGAAGAAGAUCCAGCAGACAGGUGUGAGGCUGGCCUGUUUGUUUUUGUUUUGUUUUUAUUAUAUUUUUGUUAAAGAUUUCUUAGUUUACAAAAAAAUACAUGCAUUGUCUCUUUUUUUCAAGUUGCGUUUUCUACAGAUCAAAUGUUUCUUUUUAAUAGCUUUAAUGAAAUUUGCCAAAAUCUACACUACCGACAUGGGCUGCCACACGUCCCAUGGGACAUUUCAGCUAUUACGAGGGCUGAAUACCAGCUACAUCCGGGAAAUCCUAGACGUAUGGCAACCCUAGGCUUGGGUGUCCUGGAUUCUCAAAGCUCUGAUUGACCACAAUGCAUCGCUAGUUGUGUGCCAGCAUGGCAGUCCUUGUGCUAACUUUGCCCUUUCCAUCCUUCCCCCACCAGCAGCUCAUGAAGUCCCCAAGAAGGAAAGCAAAGGCAAAGCGGAAAACGCAGUCUCUGUCCGCCAGCUGGUUGCGGUAAGUGGGGUCCCCCGACCCAGCAUCUACGACUAAACGUUUGCAGAUCUAGGGCCCAUCUUUUAGUCCAUGGGUAGGCAAACUAAGGCCCAGGGGCCAAAUCUGGCCCAAUCGUCUUCUAAAUCCAGUCUGCGGACGGUCCGGGAAUCAGCUUGUUUUUACAUGAGUAGAAUGUGUCCUUUUAUUUAAAAUGCAUCUCCGGGUUAUUUGUGGGGCAUAGGAAUUUGUUUAGUUUCCCCCCAAAAAAAUAUAGUCCGGCCCCCACAAGGUCUGAGGGACAGUGGACCGGCCCCCUGCUGAAAAAGUUUGCUGACCUCCUUUUUAGCCCAAACAUACAUUUGGGGACCCACCCCCAGCCACACUCAUCUGUAAAAAUACUAUCCCAAUUUUUAAAAACCUCAGUGUCGACUUGCAUGUAAAAUAUUAUAGCUGAGGACCAGGGAUCUAGAUCUAGAUUUGGGGGGCCCUGCCUCCUUGGCUCCAUAAACCCAUCCACAGUGCGUCCUACCCUAUAAAAAGCGUAAUUCAGAAUAGUGGUUAUCUGCGGCCAUACUACUCUGAACACACCCAGUCUUGUCUGAUCUCAGAAGUUAAGCAGGAUCAGGCUUGGUUCGUACUUGGAUGGGAGACAGCUCAGGAAUACCGGGUGCUAUAGCCUAAAAAGUAUGGAUUUGUCAUGGCUUUUGACUAGUACAAUAAAUUUAUUGGUGGUGAUGAACCAAGGUAGACAAUAAUCCAAGGAAGUUUAAAACAGCAACACUUAAUUUUACACUCAUUCAAAAUCCCAUUAAAACUAUUUACAUUCUUUACAUGGAGGUCAACCUAUAGAAUUUCUAGGAACAUGCAUGUUUGUUUUGUGUUUAUUUACUCCAUCUUCUUUGCCACGUUUCCCCCAAGGGAGGCUGUAGGUUACUGGUUCGCUAACUUUUUUCUCUGAGACACACUUUCAGAAUAACAAAUUGUUCAUUCAGUAAUGUAUUUCUUUAUUGAGAAACAAAAAUAAUCACAACUGGGAUUGUCAGUAUCAUUGAUGCUCUUGCUCUAAUUUUUGAAAAGAUAUCUAUCCAUAUUCUGCAUUUUUUUUAAAAAAAAAUUGAUACUACCGUAUUUUUCGCCCUAUAGGACGCACUUUUUUCCCUCCAAAAAUGCAAGUGGAACUGUGUGAACGUCUCUAUGGGCGCAUGCAUGCUCCUGCUGAAGCCUGGAGAGCCAGAGCAGGUCGGUGCGCACUGACUCCUCCUCGCUCUCCAGGCUUCAGGAGCUCUGCGCAACCCUCGGGAGACCAGCUCCGAGGGCUGCGCAGAGCUGCCUGCAGUUCCGGGCUCAGCGCAGCUCUGCGCGGCCACCGGGAGCCGGGCGCAAGUCCCGCCCGCUCCCGAUGGCCGCGCAGAGCUGCCUGCACGUCCCGGCUCAGCGCAGCUCUGCGCGGCCACCGAGAGCCGGGCGCGGGUCCCGCCCUGCUCCGGAUGGCCGCGCAGAGCUGCCUGCAGUCCCCGGCUCAGCGCAGCUCUGCGCGGCCACCGGGAGCCGGGCGCGAGUCCCGCCCGCUCCGGAUGGCUGCGCAGAGCUGCCUGCAGUCCCCGGCUCAGCGCAGCUCUGCGCGGCCACCGGGAGCCAGGCGCGAAGUCCUGCCCCGCUCCGGAUGGCCGCGCAGAGCUGCCUGCAGUCCCGGGAUCAGCGCAGCUCUGCGCGGCCAUCGGGAGCAGGGCGCGAAGUCCUGCCCCGCUCCGGAUGGCCGCGCAGAGCUGCCUGCGCAGAGCUGCCUGCAGUCCCAGGAUCAGCGCACUUCUCCCCAUCGCCAGCCCCACAAGCUCGGGGGACAGCAGGGAGGCAGAGCGCACCUUCCCGCUGUUCCCCGACCUAGUUCUUCCAGCCCCGCACCUGGGGGGGAAAUAAAAAAAAUUUUCUUUAUUUCCCCCCCAAAAAACUAGGUGCGUCCUAUGGGCCGGAGCGUCCUAUGGAGCGCAAAAUACGGUAUACUAUAGUAUAGUAUAAUAUUGUACAUGUUUAAAUGUUUCCUUGAUUGCCCUUGGAUCUUCUCAACUCUCUUGCCAUCUUCUCCUGCCAAACCCUUUGAGAACCACUGCUCUAGGUGGUGUACAUGAUUCUCCUCCUCCUCCCCAUUUUAUCCUCAAAACAACCCUCCUUAAGUAGGUUAGGCUGAGAGAUGGCGACUGGCCCAAGGUCGCACCCAGUGAGCUUCAUGGCUGAGUGGGGAUUCAAACCCUGAUCUCCCAGGUCAUAUAAUCCAACAGUCUAAUAAAUGUUAAACUACAAUACAGAUCAAAGCAGCGGCCGGAUUACUGACUGGGGUUCCCUUUGGGUCCCAUAUAACCCCUGCUCUAAAGCAGCAGCACUGGCUUCCAAUUUGUUUCCGGGCUCAGUUCAAAGGGCUCAUGCUAGCGUUGAUAGCCCUAAGUAACCCAGGCCUUGAAUACCUGAAAGGCCGUCUCCUUCCCUACAGACCCUCUCGGGUGCUGAGAUCAAACAAGGGGGCCCCCUUGGUAGUUUCCCUGACCUUGGGGGUGCCAGGGGUAGCCUGGACGAGGGCAUCCUCUGUGGGAGUACAGGCGCAGCCCCACCUGGAAAAAUGUUGGGGUUAAACCUGGGACCUCCUGCAUGCAAAGCAGAUGUUCCUCUGCUGAGCUCCAGCCCUUCCCUGCCCUCUUCUUCCAGGCCUUGUUUUGAAACUCCUUCCUUCCUCCCUCCUUUGGUUUUACAGCAGGAACAAGCAGGCCACAAGCGGGAGAGAGUGGAAAGCGAUCCGGGUACUGAGACCCCCCGGGCCGAGAAGAAGAAGCCCAAAGCUUCCCCGCAGCCGGAAGAACCAGAGGCCACUCCAAAGCCCUUCACCCCCUUUGAUUACAGCAAAUCCGACCUCCAAGUGUUUGCCGGUGAGGCUCCUGUCUGCCCCUGUGAGCUCAAGAGGCUGGACUCAGGAUCCACUAGGGCUCUCCUUAUGUAAUAGUCACGCGUGGGGAAGGUGCCUAACUCAGUGGUCCCAGGUUAGAUCCCCAAUGGACUCUCCAGCUACCGCUGGGAGAGAUGGAAAUGCCAGAGGGCUGCUGCCAGUCAGUGUAGACAGUACUGAGCUGGAUGGACCAACGGUCUGUGUAUAGCAGCUUCCUAACCUUUUUAUCACCAACAUUAUUAUUUAUUUUAUUGCUAUUACUACUGCCGUUUAGUUUUGUUUCCGCCCUCUGCUUUGUUUCGAUGCCAAGGCAAAGUAAGACGCUGCCUAUUUCCUUUUUUUUUUUUUUAGGGACGCAGGUGGCGCUGUGUGUUAAAACACAGAGCCUCGGACUUGCUGAUCAGAAGGUCGGCGGUUCAAAUCCCCGCGAUGGGGUGAGCUCCCGUUGCUCGGUCCCUGCUCCUGCCAACCUAGCAGUUCGAAAGCAUCUCAAAGUGCAAGUAGAUAAAUAGGUACCGCUCUGGCGGGAAGGUAAACGGCAUUUCCGUCCGCUGCUCUGGCUCACCAGAAGCGGCUUAGUCAUGCUGGUCACGUGACCUGGAAGCUGUACGCCGGCUCCCUCGGCCAGUAAAGCGAGAUGAGCACCGCAACCCCAGAGUCAGCCACGACUGGACCUAAUGAUCAGGGGCCCCUUUACCUUUACCUAGUUCCUUUUUUAGAAGUCUUGGCUGUUUGAAUUCUUCCACUGCAUGUUUGUUUUACAGCCGGUGCUUUUUAUUCAUGCCUAAACUUUGCUGGUCUUGACGGCUCUUGAAAUGAUCUAUUCUCUGCAAGAGCAAUCUACCUCGCUAAGAUUUGCCUUCUGCCCCCAUCUCCCUCCCUCCCUCUCUCCCUCCCUCCCUCUCUCUCUCUCUCAGGAAGCAGCAGGCCUAAACCCUCAACACAGUUUGAUCCCUCCAAGCAAGCUGGCAAGGUAAGGUUGUUUUCUGCACACAGGAAUUUUGAUAAAUCUCUUGAGGCAGGUGAGCCCAUGAAGGCUAGUAGCAGAGGAUGGCUCAGUUCUGCCUCCAUGGUCAAUAACGCUUUUGAAUAUCAGCUGCUGGAAAACACAGGAGGGGAAGAGUGCUCAGAUCCUGGUUCUGGGCUUCCCUUGGGGGCAUCGUGAGAACAGGAUGCUCAACUAGAUGGGCCAGUGGGGUAGUGGUUAGAAGCUGGACUAGGACCUGGGAGACCAGCUUUCAAAUCCCCACUUGGCCAUAAAACUCACUGGGUGACCUUGGUCCAAGAACUGCUGCUUUGACACCUUCUUUCCGCCUUUCUCUCUCUCAAAAAUAAAAACCAAACAUAGAAGUUUCCUGGAGCCGGCAAAGUCCAGCAACCAGCCGGAACGAAAAGCAUGUCAUACAUGGCUGGGAAAUCCAACAGGUAUGUCCGGACAGUUGUUUGCUAGAACAUUCGAGCUGCCUUGCAAAUAUGACUUUAAAGCUUUCUAGUCCUCAACGUUGUUUGUUCGGGGGACGGGACACUUUUUUCCAAGUACAUUCUGCAUCAAGAGAGCAAUUAAGCUUCAGCUGAUGCUUGGAACGUCCCCGGCUAAACUUUAUUCCGAAAUAAGAAUUUAUAAUGUAAUUCUCUUUGCAGGGGCUUCAGGCAUAACUGGCCGAAAAGAUAGUACGACUCCUGGAAGCUUUUCUAAGAAGAAGUCGUGGAAUGCAGAGUUGGAAUGGCUUUUAAACGAAAGGGGAUGCUGUUUGCCACUGCCGUUUUUUGUACGGAUACCUGCUGUUGCUCUUUUUAAAAAAAUAAAAAAGAUAUAUAUUAAUCUGCUUUUCUUUCCCCACAAAUGAUGGAGGAAAGGGAGCAUCUUAAUAGAUUCGAGCGGCUGUUUGUUUCUUCUCCCCCUUUCCUUCAUUCGUUUAGAAAAGCCACAUCCCGCUUCAUGCAGCCCCGAGAAGCUCUCAAAGCAUCUUUAUACAAGAUCCUCACGAUUUAAAAUUGCACAUUUGAGUCUAGUAGAGCCAGAAUUCACAGCUCACCUGAUCAUUGUCCUGCCCCUUCCCGCCACUUAAGGAGAAAUGAUCCUUGUUCUAUCUAGCUCACUACUGUCUGCACUGACAGGCAGCAGCUCUGCAGGAUACCAUUGGGGAUCUCAGCUGCCUUAACUUGAGGUGACCACUGGUCCAUCUAGCGCAGUAUUGCCUAUUAUUGUUAUAAUAUUAUUAUCUCACCUUUUCCCCAGCCCCAGACUCAAGGCAGUUUACACAGAUAAAACAGAGCUAGCUAAAAAACAUAGAAAAGACCAUUGUCAAAAUGUAAUUAAGCACUAAUAGAAUUAAAAUUAUGUAAAGAAGGGUCCUUUGAAAACACAGACAAUAACAAGAAAAGCGCCACAGCACCAGCCCUUUCCUCUGAAACAGUCAGUUCCCAAAGGCCUGUUGGAAGGAAAAGUCUUCACCUGCGGGCAGAAGGCCAGCAUAGGAGGAGUCAGUCUGGCUUCUCCAGGGAGGGAGUUCCAAAGACAGGGGGCAGUCACUGAAAAGGCCCUGUUCCCAUCUGGGCAAGUUUGUAUGGGAGAAUAUGGCCUUUCAGAUAGCCCAGGGCUAAGCCAUACAGGUCUUUAUAGGUGAUAAUCAACAUUUUGAAUUAUGCCUGGAAACAAGACUUAGUAGCCAGUGGAGCUGCUGUAACAGGAAGAGUUGUCUGAGAGCCAGUGUGGUGUAGUGGUUAAGAGCGGUAGUCUCGUAAUCUGGGGAACUGGGUUCGCGUCUCCGCUCCUCCACAUGCAGCUGCUGGGUGACCUUGGGCCAGUCACACUUCUUUGAAGUCUCUCAGCCCCACUCACCUCACAGAGUGUUUGUUGUGGGGGAGGAAGGGAAAGGAGAAUGUUAGCUGCUUUGAGACUCCUUAAAGGGAGUGAAAGGCGGGAUAUCAAAUCCAAACUCCUCUUCUUCCUAUUAUUGGCCCUGGUCAGCAUUAAGAUAAAUUCAACAGUGUAAAUAAGUUUUGAUGGAAGUAAUAAUGGAAUACUGAAUGGUUUGGUUUAUAUAGAAUAUGCAGGGAUUUAUAUUAUGCAAAAUGAACCAUGGAAAGAGAAGAAGGGAAAAUUGAUUUUUUUAAGGUAGUUUAAUUACUCUAAAUUGUAAAACAGAUUUUUUUUUUAUAAUUAUUUUUUUUGUUUACAACAUAAAUCCACCGCAACUCAAAUAAACAAAUCCACCACCAUUAGACAUAAACAACAUAGCAUAAACAUAACAUAAAUAUUUAACAAACAAAAUAAAAGACUUCCUUUAUCCUG